GAAUUGCUUCAUGCAUUAAUAAUACUUUUAAGAGGAAAAUGAGUUCGGUUUUAAAAAUAUUGAAUGCGGCAAAAACUGUAAAAUUCGUUUGUACGAGUAUCUCAAAUAAAUGUGUGACUCCUUUAUUAUUGAACAGAAUACAAUGCCAGCAACAACAAAUAUAUCAGAAUGCUCCUUUGGUUGAUUUGAGUGCGCGAUCAUUCCAUUGUACCAGUCCAUGCCGAGAUCUGAUGGAAUUUUUUGAUGAUCCCAAAAACUGGUCAGAAAAUGAAGUGAAAGUUGGUCGAGCGUGGAAGCUGGAAGAAUUGCGUAUAAAAUCAAAUAAAGAGUUGCACCAAUUGUGGUAUGUUCUACUUAAAGAGCGAAACAUGCUGUUAACAAUGGAACACGAAUGCAAUGAUAAAAUGGAAUUAUUUCCUAGUCCAGAGCGUGUAGAUAAGGUUAAAAUAUCAAUGGACAACUUGGAAACGGUUGUGCGUGAGAGAAAUAAAGCAUACCAUCUCCUGGAAACCGGUGAAACUGGAGAGCGACCCACUCGUCUAGUACACAAUGCACUUGGUUUAAGGCAUCUAUAUAGAUCUUGCGAACAUGUGUUGCCCCCACAUAUGAACACAAAAUGGAUAAAAUCGCGUAGUAUUGGUUACGGAGGGCGAGCAGUCCGAAAAUUCCUGUUAUUAUAUCGCGAAAAGUUGUACAAUAUAAAACGAAAGGCUAAGAAUCGUUCCCGCAAUGAAGUCAUGAUGAUGUUGCGACGCAAUCCGAAUAUUGAUAUUCAAAUUCUUCGAAGGAAAUAUCCAGAUGUCGAUGUUGAUAAACUAUUGAGAGAUGAUAAAACGCGCGGACACUUUGUGCCGAAAGUGGAUAUCUAAUUGCUAUGCAACAUCCUAAAAAUAUAUAAAUAAAAUUAUAACACCAAUUUA